CAUUUUGUGUUGGCCUGCCCACUUUCUAUAUCCUGGAAACUGUUAGACUAUGUUUUUUUUCUUUCCAUAUCUAAGACAUAGGCUACAUUGUAGCCAAUAUGUUUCUGUCCGUAGAGUGGCCUGUUUAGAUUGUUGUAGCAUAUGCUUAUGCAGUGAAACCAUAUUCAACUAAAUCUAAAGACGUUGGAUGUUUUUUUUUAAUUGUUUGACUUUAUGUAAGGCGUCUGGGGGGAAAAUGAAAGUGUGUUUCGUCUUGUGUGUGCUGAGCACCGUGGUAGUUACUUGUUCGGGAGAACAUAGUCGCUUCGAGAAGUCAUUUAACUAUUCCCCGGGAAUGAUGCAAGUCCUCCGGGAGACGCUCACGGAUUUGUCCCAGGAGACGCACGGUUACCUUGUCCACCUGGUCGGGGCGCGGUCUGUUGAAACUGCACAGAAGUGUUUCUUUCGGGUGGUCAAGUAUCUGGCUGCGGUAGCGGCCAGUGGCGCAAAUGUGGUUAUGAAGUACCUCACCCAGUUCCUGAGGGCAGCAGGAGUUCAUGUUGAAAUGCCUGUUAACAGUAUCACCCCAGAUGCUGUGGUCUAUAUCGGUCAGUGGCUUCUGCUGGCUCUCAUUGGCUACUGGCUGCUGUCCCUGGUCUUCCAAUUGGUGGCAUCCACUCUGAGGCGGGUCCUGUGGCUACUGAAGCUGGGUGUGGUUUUAGGACUGUUUGGCCUGAUCCUAAGUGACCGCAGCGCUGGAACAGAGACUACGGCGCUGCGAUUGGCUGGUCUGGUGAGCGUCUGCGUCCUAUUGGGUAUCGGGCAUUCUGGCACCGGGGGCGACAAAACCGACCUGGAGGAUCAAGUGAGGGUGCUAGAGAGACAAGUGAGAGAAAUGGAGAGGAGGAGUGAGGGAUGGAUGGAUGGGAACUGAAAGGCCUUGUUUUGAACAUAAUCUAGAUCUUGGAUCGUAACCACGACGUUGUACACAACGUUUUGUUUGCAAAUGUUUUGGUAAUCGUUUUGCAUAAUAAAGAGUUUGCCUUUUUCAUAAAGA